AUGACAGAGCGAUUUGACUGUCACUCCUGCAAUGAGUCUCUGCUCGGGAAGAAGUAUGUUCUGAGAGAGGAGAAUCCAUACUGUAUAAAUUGUUAUGAGAUUCUGUACUCUAACACCUGCAAGGAGUGUAAGAAACUCAUUGGAUGCACCAACAAGGAUCUGUCCUACAAGGACCGUCACUGGCAUGAUGAGUGCUUCCACUGCUUCAAGUGCAGGCGCUCAUUAGUGGACAAGUCAUUCUUAACCAAGGACGAGGAGCUAGUCUGCACUGAGUGCUACUCCAAUGAGUACUCUUCCAAAUGCUAUGAGUGUAAGAGUACCAUCAUGCCUGGUAAGAAAACUGUUACCAUUACAUUGAGAUAA